AUGUUCAGCCUGAUCCUUCGUCGUGAAAAUGCCAGAACACUAGCCGCUGUCCCAUCUUCGCCCCCAGCACACGUGGGCCGCACAAGUGUUGACCGCCAACUGCCGGAGCCACGACCCAUUGGCCCCCGAGCCGCCCCAACCAGCCCCUCCGGCGCCCCAAGGACGCCGAAAUACAGCGCCUGCGCCCUGAUCCUGGUUCCUUCCAGUGAGACGUGCCCCGAGACGGCUCAACUCACCGUGGUACAGCAGUGCCUGUGA